UCCUGAAGGAAAAUCGUUUUUGUGGAAUAAAAGCCUCAAGAAACACAAGAUGACUUACACGGAUAAACAACCUUACAAGUUUACGAACAGCCUGAAACCACAUCUAAUGACCCUCACGGAUGAAAAACCGCACGCAUGCGACAUCUGCGGGAAAUCGUUCAUGUGAAAGAAUGAAAGCCUGAAGCGACACAAGAUGACCCACACCAGUGACAAGCAGUUCAGAUGUGACAUCUGUCAACAAUCUUUCAAAUGGAAGAAACACCUUAAGCGCCACCAGAUGACCCACACCAAUGAGAAACCGUACGCAUGCUACAUCUGCGGGACAUCGUUCGCGCUGCAUGACAACCUCAAACGACACAAGAUGACCCACACUAAUGAGAAACCGUUCACUUGCGACAUCUGCGGAAAAUCGUUCACCACAAGUGGAAGCCUCAAGCGACAUAAGAUGACCCACACCAACGAAAAACCAUACGCAUGCAACAUCUGCGGGAUGUCGUUCACAAACAGUGGAAACCUAAAGAGACACCAGAUGACCCACACGGAUGACAAACCGUUCCUAUGUGACAUCUGUGGACAAUCUUACAAAUAUAUGAAGUACCUUCAGCAACACCAGAUGACCCACUCCAAUGAGAAACCGUACACAUGCGACAUUUGCAGCACAGUUUUCGCGUGGCGCUCUAACCUAGAAAGGCAUCGUAGAUUUCACACCAAAAAGACCCUCAUGGAUGAAAAACCGUACGCAUGCGACAUCUUCGUCGGGAUAUCGUUUGCGCAGAAUGGAGACCUCAAACAACACAAGAUGACCCACACUAACAACAGGGAGAGAGUGUUUGCUUGUGACUUCUGUGGCAAAGGGUUUGACGCGAAAAGAUAUCUUCGGCGACAUGAGAUGAUCCACACCAAUGAGAAACCGUACGAAUGCGACAUCUGCGGGAAAUCGUUCACGCAAAAUGGAAACCUCAAGCAACACAAGAUGAUCCACAAAGAUGACAAACCAUUCACAUGCGACAUCUGUGGAAAAUCUUUCAAACUUAGGCAAAACUUUACUAAACAUAAGAUGACCCACACCAACGAGAAACCGCACGCCUGUGACAUCUGCGGGAUAUCGUUUGCGCAGAAUGGAGACCUCAAGCGACACAAGAUGAUCCACACCAACGAAAAACCGUACGCAUGUGAAAUCUGUGGAAAAUCGUUCUUGCUUAAUUCAAGCCUCAAGCAACACAAGAUGACCCACACCAAUGAGAAACCGUACGCAUGCGAAAUCUGCGGGAAAUCGUUCUCGCAAAGUGGAAGCCUCAAGCAACACAAGAGGACCCACACUAAUGAAAAACCGUACGCUUGCGACAACUGUGGAAACUCGUUUACGCAGAAUGGACAUCUCAAGCAACACAAGAUGACCCACACCAACGAGAAACCGUAUCCAUGCGACAUUUGUGGAAAAUCGUUCAAGCGCAAGGACAACAUUAAAAUGCACCAGAAGAUCCACACCAACAACAGGGAGAGAGUAUUUGCUUGUGACAUCUGUGGCAAACGGUUCGACGUGAAAUGCAAUCUUCGGCGACAUGAGAUGGUCCACACCAAUGAAAAACCGUACAAAUGCGACAUCUGCGGGAAAUCGUUCAGGCAAAAUGGAAACCUCAAGCUACACAAGACGAUCCACACCAAUGACAAACCAUUCACAUGCGACAUCUGUGGAAAAUCCUUCAAACUUAGGCAUCACUUUAAGCAACACAAGAUGAUCCACACAAACGACAAACCGUACGCAUGCGACAUCUGUGGAAAAUCGUUCACGCAACGUGGAAGCAUCAAGCAACACAAGAUGACCCACACCAAUGAGAAACCGUACGCGUGUACCAUUUGUGGCAAAUCUUUCACUGGGAGCUCGGACUUACUAAGGCACCGUAGGAUCCAUACCAAUGAGAAAUCGUACACAUGCGACAUUUGUGGCAGAUCUUUCGUUCGGAGCUCGAACCUAGAGUGGCAUCGUAGAAUUCACAUCGAAGAAAACCGCGUCUUUCAGACUUGCGAAAAGCCUCAACAAAGACCUGAAGACGCACACCAUGGAGGAAGCAUUUGUUCAACAGGAAUAAGUCGAAUUGCAAUUAUAAAUGUACCGUAGGAGUCGCUGGUAAUGGUUUAUUAUAAAACGACACGCGCUUUUGUUGGCUAUCGAGGAGCGUUGCAGAAGUCCAGCCGAGGACACGAAAAGUUCUAUGUGGGCAUUCAGUUUGCCAUUUGAAAUGGUGUUUCGGUGCCUUUUCGGUUGUUAUGUGAUUGCUGUCUUUAGCAAAGAAAGUAGCUAGAUUUGUUGAUACUUUGCUGCCAUGACUUUUCCUUGAUGAUUCGUUGUUAAUAAUAUCAUUACAUUGAUGCAUAAGCCAAUGAAUAACUCUUUUUCACAAAUGUUUUCAAUGAGAACAUUUUUGGUUCGCAACAUUUUUUGGUUCAGAAUGCAAUGUACCCUUAAACUUGACAGUGUCUUCUUGGAAUGACAUCACGGGAACAGCGCCCUCAGUUGUCCGGAAAAGCAUGGACAAUUUUAAACGUUUCAAGAAGUGCACUUUUCAAUAACAUGAGCCAAAAAGGGAAUGUCGCACAUUUUCAUAAAUUAAACAGGAGUAGAACAUUGCACUAACUUUGUUACUAAGAAAAAAAUAUCUCUUGAACGCUUUGACUUAAAGUUUCCAAAUUUCGUUUUGGUGAGGUCUGUAGGCCGGGUUUGACUUAAUUGCCCUUUGUUUUUUUAAGAGGUAGUACAUGUAGUUAAUUCGACUCCGAUGACAACUUCCAAUUAGCGCCCUCUGUUGUCGGAGUAGCUCUUGUGAAAGUAGUCUAUUGAGUAUAUAGACUGCAAAACCAAUGAUUGUAAUAACUUAAGUUGCUCUACUUUUACAAUCGAUAAAGAAGUCAUUGCAGCUGCAGUUUAUACUUUUUUCUUUUCUUUGCAUCUAAAAAAAUACUCUGUACUUGGGAACGAGGAAAAAAUGUCACCAAUGAACCCCUGGACAUGCUUCGUGUGUGUCCCUUUUUAUUUAAUCGACAAUUUUGAAAACAAUAUUGAGGAUCGACGUUCUAUAGGAUGCUAAAUUGAGGGCACAGGGACUAAAACCAAGGUUCAUCUUGACAAUAUUUGUAGAUUUAAGUAAAGUUAAUGUACGACUUCACUGUA